CCUGAGGCAAUACGCACCCUUUCCCAUUUCCAGUUCCUGCUUGGCGGGCUGUCGUCGAUGUGCGCCGUCCUGUUCACGAACCCGUUCGACGUGCUCAAGACCCGCCAGCAGCUCGAAGGCGAACUGAUCGCGAAGGAGAAUCUCAAGCAGCGCUCGUACAAGGGUCUCCGGCAGUCCUUCCUCACGGUGGUCCGCACCGACGGACUGCGCGGAUUGCAGACGGGCCUGCCGGCGGCCCUCAUGUACCAGUUCUCGAUGAACAGCGUCCGCCUGGGGACGUACCAGACGGCGGAGAAUCUCGGCUGGACGCGAAGUACGAAGCAGCCCGCCCUCACCCCGCUGCUGACGUUCUUCUGGGGUGGCUGCUCCGGUGCGGCCAGCGCCAUCGCUUCCUGCCCGUUCUACGUGGUCAAGACGCAGCUGCAGGCCGUCACGUCCGGUUCGUACACGGCCCGCUUCCAGCACCGCCACAGCGGAACCCUGUCCGCGUUCGGCAGCAUCUACCGGCAGAGUGGCCUCCGGGGGUUGUUCCGUGGCUGCACGGCCACCAUUGCCCGGCUCGGCGUGGGCGGUUCCGCGCAGAUGUGCUCGUACAGUGCGUGCAAGGACUUCAUCCUGCAGUACGACACCUUCCGGCAGUCGAUCGUACUGACCGCCCUGGCCAGCAGCACGGUGGCGGGCUUCUUUACCAGCGUGCUCAUGUCACCGUGCGAUGUCGUCACGACACGUAUGACCAACCAAGCCGUUUCCGCCACCGGAAAAGGACUGCUGUACGGCAACAUCGUCGACUGCUUCGUGAAGGUGUACCGAGCGGAAGGCCUACACGGUUACUACAAGGGUUUCGUGCCGAUGUACGUCCGCGUCGCCCCACACACCGUGCUCAACCUAACCUUCUGGGAGUUCUUCAAGGGGCUGUACGAGCGGUACGGCAAGGGAUCAGCAGUCACCGCCGGCUACUGA